CAGGCCCAAGCAUUUAUUCCUAAUGACCAAAAUGCUCUCGUUGCGAUUUCCAUCUACCAGUCUUCUCUCUGUUCUCCCUCCAACUGCCUCUCUCUCUCCAUGAAUCGAUGAUCUCCAAGCCGUCAUGAGGCCCAUCCAUGAUCUCCAUACCCUGAAUCAACGGACCAGAUCUGUCUCCUUCCCUCUCCAUGUCAUCAUCAACAUCAUCAUCUCGGUCGGAAUUGGGGGCCUUUGCAUCCCCGAACGACGCCAAAGCCGCCGAGUCCGUGAAAGUCGUUGAAUGGGAGGAUCUGCAGCAGGAGCUGGCGAGGCUCUGGAGCCUGUCGUCAGCGCUCAAGAAAGCUAAAGAGAGGAAGGAUCUCCUCUCCCAGAAGCUUGAGUCCCUCAUCCAGGUAAGAUCAGAAUCGCUGCAUCAGUCCAAUGAGCUUGAGGAGAUGCGCCAAAAACUGGAGACCCGGAAGUUAGUGAUGGGGAAUCUGUUGAUUCACUCGAAAAGCACAUCAGAGGAUGUCAGGAACCAAAAUGAGCAGCUUUGCCUCAGCAUCAGAUCACUGUUGGGCGCUGGCAAAGCACUUGCAGUAGCUUAUAAUCAGCUGCAGGAAGCUAAUAGGUUGCUAGCUGGUGAACGGGGUCAUGUUCAUCUCAAAAACUUGCAGAAGUUGCUUCGAAUGAGGCAACAGUACAUGAUGGCGCAGGUUUCAGCCCUUUAUCCAGUAAAGGCCUCACUUGGACAGACACCUGGAGGAAAGUAUGACUCACGUUCUGAUGGGAGCAAAUCAGGGGGUGGUGCUGGAUCUAGCUCGUCAGUUAUCCUGGAAUCCAGGAAUCCAGGAAAGUCAUCCUUAACCAUUUUAGGGCUGCAACUUACUGUGCCUCCUUUGAAGAAGAUUAGUUUUUUCAGUGAUAAGAAGGAGAUUCAGAAGUCUGCCACUGCUCUCGGCUACGUUGCACAUGCUGUCUUGCUUAUAGCAUCUUACUUAGACGUUCCUCUUCGGUACCCUCUACGCUUGGGAGGUUCAUGCUCAUACAUUUUUGACCAUGCACCUCCAUUGGAGUCCACAUCUGAUUUAGUGUCAAACCCAAUAGCUGGCCCAAAUAUGAAGCCUACAGAAUUUCCUCUUUUUCUAGAAGGCCAGGACACAACCAAAGCUGCUUAUGCAAUGUUCUUGUUGAACAAGUGGAUAUCAUAUCAAGGUCCUACUUAUUCUUGCCCUCAAGUUGCUGGUGGGGAAGGAACCUGACAUAGACCAUCCGGAUUUAGAGCAGCUUUUGAAUUAUAUUGGCAUUCAAAGUGUGGGGCCACGUCAUGUAUUGGCUAAUUUGAGGGAGCUUUUGAGGACAAUUCAGUCUCAGGAAUUCGUAGAUAAGUGAUCUCUGCUGCUUUGAAGUGUUAACCAUUAAUGUUAGCUGCUGCUGCUGAUUUCAUGAAGACCAGUUUAGUUUGUACUUCUUCGUAGGUGCUUAUUUUGUGUAGCACCUUAUUAUUAUAAAGUCCUGGAAGAAGCUGUAUUUGCAGAAAUGUCUGUCGUGCUUAUUGGAUUGCCUUCUUUUACUGUAAUAUAUUAUUUGGCCCUACCAUGUUGAGAAGAGGUGAAUUUAUGUGGAGUUACACCUUGGAAAGCAAACCGAUAUGCAUAAGACGUGCAAUGUUGAUGGGAGCUUUCAAUCUUGAAAUGAGAUGCGAUUUCAUUUGUUGCAGUAAA